AUGCAGCAGGCCGCGAUCGCGCACCCACCCUUAGCGGGCGGUGCCCCGCAGCCCCAGCCGCAGCCCCAGCCGCAGCCCCAGCCGCAGCCCCAGCCGCAGCCACAUUCUUUGCAACCCACAUUGCUCCCGCCCAACGGCGAGGCUCCUGCAAACGAACCUUCAACCAAUGGAGUUGGCAGCACAAGCACGCGCGGCGGCGGCGCGAGCAACGGCAGCGGCGGCGGCGGCAGCGCCGAUGAGGUCUCCGAGCUGCGGGCGCAGCUGGCCGACCUCAAGGCGGUUGUAGAGGCGCAGCAGCGCGCGCUCGGAGCGCAGGCUGCCGCGAUCCGCGAGCUGCGCGCCGCGCAGUCGGCCGCGGCCGCGCCUGCGCCGGCGUCGGCGUCCCCCGGGCCGUCCUCGCCGCGCGGCGGCGCCGUGGGCAGCCCGCCGCUGCGGCCGUUUGACGUGCAGCUGGCGGCGUUGGCUGACAGGCGGAUCCUGGGGCAACCGGAUUGGAG